AUGAGUCUUCGGAGGCUGCAGGUUAUGGCGGCUGAUGCUUCCAUGAUGGAGGCCUUCUUGGCCAUUUUUCCUGUGGUGAAUGACCGCGUAUCUUUGGAGCUGAGACGUCGAGCUGAUCAGUUGCAUCCAAACCACCGGAAUCCCUACAUUCUCUCACGUUUGGCGGCUUCUGCAGCACUUUCAUCUGCGUUGCGGUUUCCCAUUGAUUUUGUUGGUAGUCGAGAUGAUGCGAGACAUUAUGGUCUUAUGCUUUCACUAGCUCACGAAGAUCUAGUAGGUGCUGCGGUGACGUGGCCAAUUGAUGCACCAUUUUCUCUGAGUAUUGACGUUGUGGAUGUGGGAGAAGUGGAUCGUGUUACAAAGCGGUUUCCACAAUUUGGCGCUAGAUGGAUGCCCAAUUGCAAACCUACUGCAAUGAGUUCGGCUGACAUUUUAAAUAUCCAGGAAACGUAUGGGAAAUUAGUUGAUCCCGUUGCUUUGAUAUUGGCCCAGCAUUGGGGUCUGCGAGAAUGUUGUGUGAAACUCGUUGGUAUUACGGGACGAUCUUUUCCUUUUGAAUGCUUUCGUGGUCCUGUGGCGUUGUUUCCUCCUCAUUUUGAGGCACAUGUUGUUGACAGAGGGCGAGAGGAACUGCGCUCUGUAGGUCUGGUGCCGAACCUCAGGGUCUUUGUUUGGCCGCAAGUUGUACAGGUUCCUGGCGGGGAAGAGAAGUUGUAUGUUGUGGUUGUGGCAGCGUGCCGCAGAGAGAUUCUCUGCUAG